AUGGUCAUGGCGUCAGACCCGGAAGAAGCAGUACAGGAGCCCGAGGUGCAACCGCCGCUGGACCCUUUAUCAACAUCGUUUGGCCACGGGAAUCCCAUCUCCAUAUCGCCACCAACCAUGAUGCCCCUCAACACCGCCGUUAUGCUCUCGCAGCGACGACGGAGGAAACACUCGGCAUCACUCAAGCGCUCUGCAUCAACACCCAACGUUCGUGGUUUUCCAAAUGGCGAUCCGAGCAUGACGUUGGCAGAGAAAAGAAGAAAUAAGUUGGGCUACCAUCGCACCUCUGUGGCUUGCGGACACUGCAGACGGCGCAAGAUAAGAUGCUUGCUCGCUCCGGACGACCCACAGAACAGAUGUGCCAACUGCAUACGACUGAAGAAAGACUGUAACUUCUUCCCUGUAGACCAGCAACCGCAGCUCGAGAGACGACCUCGUACCUCCUCGAGAGCCGGCACGAUGGCGUCGAGUUCAUCGGAUUCUUCACCUGCCUUAGCUGGAGAUCAUCUUCCAUAUUCAUUGGAUUGCACCGAAGAAUUCAAUGCUUUUUCACAGCCGUCUCUCUCAGCUCCAUUUACCACAUCAAGAGGGUCUAUCAGCGGACUAAUUUCUCCGCUGACGAGAGGCCCGAUAAUCACCAACGCCUUUGAGGUUCCACUGCAGAAUCGACCUUCAUGGGAUUCGCCUUUUCUGGACCAUGGCCCGACGUCAGCGGGUCAUUCAUCGCCCGGUGAUUCUACGCAUGCCUACUGGGGAAGGCACUCAGGCUCUCCAAUGACUCCGGGAUUUUCGCCUCAUCUGCCGGGGCCUACUGGUUCGAUCCACAGCCCCCCGGAUGCUAGGAGUAGCUUUACAUCGUUUGCACCAUCGAGGAGCGACUUUGGAUGGUCUUCGGCACAGCGAUCAAUGUCGUUUGGUCUUGUGGAAGACUUUUCCCUGAAUGGCCACAACCACAACCAAAACCAUUACCAUCCUCAGUCCGCUUCUAUGGAUUACAGAAGAAGGGCAUCAGAUAUGCAUCCACCGUCAUUGCAAACGAGCAACAACUCUUCCAAUACAUCGAUUUCCGAGGCACAUAUGACGCCAUUAUCGGUUCCGAUCUCGAGUUCACCCCCACAACACUGGGUAGCUCCAACCACAUGGGGCUCUCUCCCCAACAGCUCGCUUGUGACCAAGGGACCAGAUCAGUGGUCAGAGCCGACAAUAUUGGCGAAGGUCCAGGAAGAGGACUUCGGACCUCUUUAUGGUGGCGAGCCUGCAAUCAUCUACGCAGAUGCGGACCUCCAGUGA